CCUUUGAAGUUGUGUUUUAAAAGGAAAGGCAAGAUGUACAACAAGGUUAGAAGACAGUACAAUUUUGCCCAGAGCUCAGCUGAAGAUGAAGGUCUUCCCAGUUGUUCUCCUGAUUUUGGCCUUUGGUCUAAUCUCAGAUGCGGUGAUUGUUCAUGAAGGAGGAUUUUCAUUCUCACUCGAAUCAGUAAAAAAGCUUUGGGACAUCCUGGCUAAUGGAGAAUCCUCCAAACAGACCAAUCUGUUGAGUGUGUUCGGCGCAGUUUGUGAAAACCCACUCCUCCCUGGGGAAUUUCAGCCUCUGUGCCAAAGCAAAAAUGCACAAGUUCAUUUCUCCAGACUCGCACUUCUCUCCAGGAAUAGUGAUAUUUGUGAGAUCUGUGGAUUUGCUGCUUGCACUGGUUGCUGAACUUUUGCUCGUAGCUGUUCCAGGAGUGAAACUGAAGAGCAAGGGGGACCGAGCCAUUGCAGGUGUGGCACUAAAGCUCUGGAACAGCUUGCCUCUCCAUAUUUGACAGGCUCAAACACUUGAGGUCUUUAAAUCUGCCCUAAAAACUUACUUUUACAGUCUGGUGUACGAUGCCAUGUGAGAGCUGCUUUCUUUUUUAUUGUUUUAUUGUGUCUUAAGUAUUUUUCUUUUAUUUGUGUGUUUGUAUUAAUAAACCAUGUUUACUUUCUGAUAAACACUUGUUGUUUUUAAAAAUAAAAGUGCUUUAUAAAUAAACUUGACUUGACUUGACAUGACUCAGUAUAAUGCGAGUACUUCAAGAUUCUCUCUCUCUCUCUUUCUCUCUCUCUCUCUCUCUCUCUCUCUUUCUCUCUCUCUCCAUACAUUCUACUUCUUUUUAGUAAAACAUUUUUCAUUGUUUAGUAAAUAAAAAAAGAAUUUUGUAUAUCUGUAUGUAAUCUGUCAUUGUGUGGUAAAAAUUAGUAUGCACUAUCACCAUUUGUAAUAAAUUGUGGUAAGAUUUAUGUAUGUUUAUGGUAGUAUUAUUAAUUUUUAUAUAUGUAAUGUUUAUCUGUUUUCUGUGUGUAUUUUUGCUAUCAACAUUUAUAAAAAUUUGAAUCCAAUAAUACAGAAAUCCAAGUUGAAAUAUAAUGUAUAAAUUUAAUGGAAAUCUCACUAACCAGUCUUCUAUGUCAAAGAAGCAUUGGAAACAUUGGAAUAUUAGUGUGAAAUAUUACUGUUAAUAAUACUGCGUGUUGUCAGAAAUAGUGCAUUACUGUAAAAAGUCAACACAAUGAUCAUGUAAUAAAUAUUUCAUCACAA